UUUCCAUAUUUAUAUUAGAGCAAAAUGCCUGUCAAAACUUACAUUUCUCCGGACCAAACCAAACAAUUUGUAUUUUUUUACAAAUUUGACUGUGUAUUUUCCAACUUUUAUCCAUGCGAAUUUUCUGCUCAAGAAUUCGAGAACGAUGUAGAAAAAAAUGUCAAUUUCAAUUGCAGUGAGCAGUAUUUUAUGUACCAUAAAGCUUUGUUGGUUGGGGACUCUGAAAUCGCUGGGAAAAUUCUGAAGGAGACUGAUCCUAGAAAAAUGAAAAGGCUAGGAAGGCAAUUGAGUAUGAGCAAGAAGCAAUUGGAAGAAUGGUCUCAAAAUUCUAAAGAAGUUAUGUAUAACGGGUGUCUUGAAAAGUUUUCCCAAAAUAAUGUUUGCCGUGAAAAUCUGUUCAGAACUCAUGGUAUGAGACUUGUAGAAGCAUCGCCAAUGGAUAGAAUAUGGGGAAUUGGACUGAGCCACCACGACAAACGAUGUGAAAAUGAGCAAACUUGGAGAGGAACUAAUUGGAUGGGUUCCGUUUUGGAUAAAGUUCGAGAGGAAUUAUGGACAAAGUCAGAGUACCAGCAGUUGAGAUUGGAAAUUGAAAAGGAGAUUGUUGAGACGAGAUGUAAGCAGCUGGAAUCAUUUUCUCAUUGAUUAAUUUUUAAACCCUAUUUUUAAUUUUAUUUCUGUUGUAUUUUUCUAAAACAGUACAUCGCUCAAAUUGUCUUAUGGUGUCUAAAGCAUAGGCCUUCGACCAUCACACACAAUCAUCUGCUGACGUUCUUUAUUGAAAAAACUUAUUAUCUAUUUCCCAAUAUUCAACUUUACGAUAACAUCCGGUCUCCCACGUAUUAUUACAAUCAAUUGUUUUCUCACCAACUUUUCUACAUUUUUUUCAAUCACUACUUUCUAAAGUCGUAUUAAAUUAUUAUCAUGGCGUUUUAUGAAUAUUCAAGCCCAUUUGCUAAGAUAUGCUUUUCUGUGGGACUCCUCACAAACGUAUUCCUACUGUACAUGACAUUGUUUCACAUCAAAAAAAUAAAAGGCACCUAUAAA